AUGUACCUCAACAAGAUCCCUAGUGAUCCUCUUGUACUCCCUUGGAAUAAUUCGAAUGUGUUAACUGCGAAAUUAAAAUACCGAUUUGAUGAUAACACAAGAAAUGGAGAGUUGAUCGAAUCAAAUACGAACAUACUAAUGUUUUAUGACGCCGACAAGAAAUCUGUCUUGUACGAGAACUUCGACUGCACAGUCAAAGAUCAUUGGAAUAUUAUCGAACAUGACUUUUACAAUUCCCUCUACACAACCGUGGAAUUCAAAUAUACUCCAAGGGAGUACAAGAGGAUCAUUAGAAAUCUUGUUGAAGGUAUUGUUGAGCUGCAUAAUAAAAAUAAAAAUUGUCUUUCCUUAAAUUCAGUGAAAAACCUAGUUAUAAAGAACGGAAUUGUCAACUUCUACAAAUUUAAGUUUCGACCCGUCACGAAAAAUGGGAGAAGGGAUUUGAAAAAUCUUGAAAAUGUUAUAAGAAAAGAUAUAUAUCAUGGAUAUGAUUGUCCUCGAAUUCUUAACAGCUUUUUAGACACGUUGAAGAAAGUGAACAGGUUACUCUAUUUGUCAUUCCGGAAUAAAAUAAAAUUUGUACCUUGGGCUUUUUAUGCUAUUAAGAUUUGA